GACUCUGUGAACAAGAAGUGAGAGAGUGGGAGAGAGAGAGCUAGAGACAGAGAGAGAGAGAGACGGAGAGAGAGAAAUAAAGAAAGAAAGAGAGAGAGAGUCAUAAUCUUGUAGAUAGAGUCACCACUGUGGCAAGAUGUUGCGUUUUAUUCUUACCCUGACCAUCUGCAUCAGCAACGUAUAUCAGCUGUCUGCAAGCGAAGGUUACGAUAGCCAUCCUGUGACAAAUAGUGGAGAUGCGGAGAGAUUGCUAAGAACUAGAAACACGUAUUUCGGCCUCACUUCCAACCAGUAUGACCGCCAUUUCGACAAGGUUGCUAAGCAUGAGCCGCGCGGCUACGAUGUUGGUGACUGUAAUACUGCUCACGGCUAUGUAAGGGUCUACGGACAAUGCCAGAAAGUGCCAAUGUUUGGAGAUCCGUGUCACAUGGACGACGACUGUGAACGACCAAAUCACUUACGUGGAGCUGAGAGUAACAGACCUGUAUGCGACCGAGCAAAGAAAGCGUGUCACAUCGGAAGUGACCUCGGAGGUUUCUGCCUGAGUAACAGUGAAUGCAUGCUGGGUGCACUCGUUAGCGAUGUCACUGUUUCGUCAAGUCAGUGUGAAUGA